AUGAAAGAUGUAGAGAUUCGCGACGGAAUGAUGUCUUUCAAUGAUUUACGAGUAGAAGCUGAUGGAGUAGAGUAUAACGUCGACAAACGAUCAGAACAUUCUGACAGUAGUGUCGCAGGACGGGUCGUUCAGUACCCGGAUCUCGUUGAAUCUAUUGAUCGAUCGAUUGAUCCAUGUGAAGACUUCUAUUCAUUUGUCUGCAAUGGAUGGAUUAAAUCACAUCCAAUACCUGAAGAUCAGUUUCAGUACACACAAACCGAACUUCUUAAAGAAAAAGUUAUAAAAGAAGUUAAAGGUAAGGUUUUCAAAGUAUAA